AUGGCUCUCGCUCCUCAAUUUGCUGGUCACCGUCUCGGCUCUGCUGUCGCUCCUCACACUCCUGAAAUCUACUUGGGCUACGCGCAAGUCUGGCCGUUCGUAGAGCAAGCGUAUCCGAACAAAGUCCAGUUGAACUUCCGCCAACAAGUCCAGCCAUGGCACGCAUCUUCGACGUUGGUGCAUGAGGCUGCGCUGGUUGUUGAAAAGAUCGACGCUUAUGGGUACCUUGUUUGCACAUCAAUAAGACCGUGGGAGUACCCGGGUGAGAAGCUCACGUGCCUGUUGACCAAUGAACAAGGAGAAUCCAAGAACGCCAGUAAUGCUGAUGUCAGUGCCGAUUUCAACGAGAAAUAUGUAAAACACCAUGCAAGUGCCACUACGAUGACUUCUCAACACCCUCCACGCCUGCCUACUCGUCAAAGCAUCGCUUUUACCUUGACGCUAGAGAAGCCCAUGACUCCCUUGCCAAAGAAAUCGAGUACAUGA